GCUAGAGCCGGUCCGGGUUGCGCUCGGCUUCCCCAUGCGCACGCAUGAAUAAUACCCGCUGUUCAGCAGAGCACUCGACUGUUUCCUCCUCGAAUAGGCAGCCCACUAGACCGGAUCACUUACACACAUCUGCGCAAAACGAUGUACAUGUCCAAGUAUUCUCUUCCAGAAACCGACGUUCUUCACACACUUUGAUCCUCACCUCAACAAGCUGAGCGGAGCGAGAUUUCGUCUUUGCAAACCCGCUCGGUCGGCGUCUGUUCUCCCAGUUCUGCCUCCAAGUUCUGCCUCUGUCCAAAACUCCCCCCGAGAACAACAAAGUUCGCCGAAGACUCGGCACACACACUCGCAAUGGCUACAGCAGAAGCCACCAUGGCCGAUGCUGCCGCUCAUCGUCUGGACCGCCGCGCCAACGGCUCGCCGCCUCCUGCGCAGUCUAAGCGAGACAAGCGCCGCCAGAUGCUGAACGAACGUCUCAACUCGCUCGCAGAGAAGCUGAGCAAGGACCGGGACCAGGUGUACCGCGAAAAGCUGCACAAGAUCCAAAUCGACACCACGUUGGUCAUGAGAGUCGAUCCAUAUGCGGAUCGGCCACUCGACGGCUUUGAGCAAGACCUGCAGAGACUUCAGCAGCUCAAUGGAGACGCCGACGCCCAGUCUGGACCCCAGACCUUGCUUGACAGGGCCGGCCCGAGAUUCUCCAAGUGGAUGGAGAAGGUUCAGGACCUGGCUGAGCAGCGUGACUACGCGCUCACCAAAUACAAGUUCGACUACGAGAAGAAAACCUCCGAAUACAUGGCCACGCAUGCCUUCAAGGUCGAAACUGCGAAUCGAGAAUACCGCGCGCUCGCGCAGACGCUCCGGGACCGCUUAAUCAAUGUCAUCAUGAGCAAGAAGAAUCGAUUGAACAAGGAGAAGGAGGCGCUCGAAAUUUCGGAUGCCUCUGCCCUCUUACUACACCCAAACCAGUUCAGCAUCACCAACCCCUCGAGCCCAGGGGGUGCGCAUGGGAAGCGGGCGACUCGCCAGCGCCGCGAACUGGAAGACGUGGCGUUUGAAAACAAGAAGCGGAAGCGCAAUAACAACAACAAUGACGACGACGGCUCGCCGGCGCCACAGCGUCGGGCAUUAGAUGGUUCGGCAACCACGCCCCUCUGGCAGGCGGACCGGCUGGCCUCGCGCAAGACCGCCGGCGCCGUGUACAGCAUAGACAAGCUCUUCACGGACAAGGAGCUCAGCAUGACGUCCACAGCGGCCACUCUGGCGGCGCGCAGAUACAUUCUCACACAUAAGCCCAAGCUUGACGAGCACGGACAUCCAAUCAGGUCGCCCGGCGGCAGCGAUUCCGGGGCGGGCGACAACGACGAGAACGACGGAUCGGACUCGGUUCCUUCGGCGCCCACGAUGGAGCGGAACGUGUCCCACGCAACGCGCAGCGGUCGCGGCGGCGCAAACAACCCCAAUUUCUUGGACGACAAGCUCUUGGGCGUGGAGAUGCUCGCGAAUUUUGACUUCGCCGGCAACUUCGACCGCAUGCUCGCGGCGGACCCGAAGCUGCCGCCCACCUUCCCGUCGACGUACAUCAAGGGCAACAAGCUGGAAUACAACGUGCCCAGCACACUCAGUGCGGAGGAAGCGCAGGGCGACAUCAUGGUGAUGCAGGCGCUGCGGCAAUACGACGAGGCGCACGGCGUGGGCUCCAACUUCUCGAUCGAUAACGGCAGCCGCAAGCUGCUCGAGGCGGCGUCCAUGCCGGCGCAGGAUCGCCGGUUCGUUGCGUAUCUCCAGGGCGAGCGGCCGUCCGAGAACCAAGUGAGGAAGCAGCUAGGCUUGCCCCUUCUGUCGGACGUCGUGGAGCCGGUCAUGGCCGAGAGGGCCGGCACGCCGAAGCCGGCCCAGGGCGGCACUCCCGGGCCGUCUCCUUCCAAGGGGUCUGCUCUAGGGGGCGUGCCCAUGAGCAGACAGUCGAGCGCGAACGGCGUGCCCAUGAGCCGGAGUAGCAGCCGGAAGGGCGGCCGCGGCGGACGAGGGGGCUGAGUGAGAGGCUUGGAGGGCAGGUAAAUGCGAGGAAUGCCGGACACAAAACAAACGGAUUUGGCUGGCGCAUUGGGGGAGGGGAUACAGAGUAAUGAUGUCUUGCUUUUGAGGAUUCGGUCUCUUUGGUUGUGUUUGGGCACUAUACAGCCUCGGAUACGGGGAUUCGGAGUUGGCCGGCGGGUAUGG